CCUCAGUGUCUUCUCUCUCUUGCGCGCGGUCGUAACUUUGGACAGCGCGCGCUCAGUAUUGGCUGCACGCGGGAGCUCGCGCGGCGGAGCAGCUCGGUAAUGAAUGUGGAUCUAUCCGCCCUGUUCUGCUCGGGCAUCAUCUGCCACGCCGAGGACACGAUAUUAACGCCAGAAAAGUGCAAUAGAGCAGUGACAGCAUGAUCCUUCUGUUCGGCGCAUUAAAUCCCCUGCUUUUCCUCAUUGUCUUCGGACUGUAUCCAUCCAUGACGAUAGGUCCUAAGGAAGGAUGGCAGGUGUACAGUUCGGCACAGGAUGCAGACGGACGCUGUAUCUGCACUGUGGUCGCACCGGAACAAAACCUCUGCUCCAGGGAUGCCAAGAGCCGACAGCUCCGACAGCUGCUGGAGAAGGUGCAGAACAUGUCUCAGUCUAUUGAGGUCCUCAAUCUGCGCACACAGCGUGAUUUCCAGUAUGUCAUGAAAAUGGAAAAUCAAAUGAAAGGCUUACGGACCAAGUUCCGGCAAAUUGAAGAGGACAGAAAAACUAUAAUGGCCAGGAACUUUAAGGAGCUAAAAGAUCGUAUGGAUGAACUCCAGCCAUUGAUUCCUGUGCUGGAGCAGUACAAAACAGAUGCUAAGCUGAUCUCUCAGUUCAAAGAGGAAAUCAGGAAUCUGUCUGCGGUUCUGACGGGCAUCCAGGAAGAGCUGGGAGCUUAUGACUACGAGACGCUCUAUCAGAGAGUCCUCAGCCUAGACAGCCGUCUGCGAAACUGCAUGAGCAAACUCACUUGUGGUAAAUUAAUGAAAAUCACUGGCCCUGUAACUAUAAAGACAUCUGGAACAAGGUUUGGCGCUUGGAUGACCGACCCGUUUGCUUCUCCAAGAAACAACCGGGUUUGGUAUAUGGACACUUACACAAACAGCAAGGUGGUUCGAGAGUAUAAAAGCAUCGACGACUUUGUCGCCGGCCAGGAAUCGCGAACCUAUUACCUCCCCUUCAAAUGGGCCGGAACCAACCAUGUGGUCUACAAUGGCUCUCUGUACUACAACAAGGAGCAAAGCAACAUCAUUGUCAAAUACAGCUUUGAUACCGGACGGGUUCUCACCCAACGUGCCUUGGAGUACGCUGGAUUUCACAACGUCUACCCCUACACCUGGGGAGGCUUUUCGGACAUCGACCUCAUGGCAGAUGAGCUGGGAUUGUGGGCUGUAUAUGCCACCAAUCAGAAUGCAGGAAACAUCGUGAUUUCGCAGAUGGAGCCGCAGACGCUGGAGGUUCUCCAGACGUGGAACACAGAAUAUUCCAAAAGGAACGCAGGUGAGUCUUUUAUGAUCUGCGGCACGCUCUACAUCACCAACUCCCAUUUGACAGGAGCCAAGGUGUAUUAUUCCUACAAUACAAAGACCUCAGCGUACGAGUACAUGGACAUCCCGUUCCACAACCAGUACUUUCACAUCUCCAUGCUCGACUACAACGCUCGAGAACGAGCGCUUUACGCUUGGAACAACGGACAUCAGGUCAUUUUCAACGUCACGCUUUUUCAUGUCAUCAAAACCGAAGACGAUUCCUAAUGGACUUGUGAAUGAUUUGGCUUGUUCUUUUCUACUCAUUCAUGGUUCUUUUUCCACAGUUAAACAGACAUUCUUGCCUUUUUAUCACUGCGGUUUGAGUCUAAAUGAUGACACACGAAGACUUAAUUAUGAAAAGCCAUUAAAAACUGAGUUCUUUUAUUCAUCUGCUCAUAGCUGCUCUGAAAGUUAGGCCUUACUCGCAAUAUUUUCCAGACGGAUUGCUCUACUGCAUGAAUGUCUGAUUAUUUCGCCAUUUGUUAUUUGUGAUCUUUGUAUAUUAAGAAAUCCUGUUUUCUUAUAUAGUGACGUGCUUUUGGCGGCUUUAAUUUCUCCAGACUUCUCUGGUAAUCUCCUGUUGUGUCAAGUUUAGUUGUACAAACUGUAGAGCUCUGAAUAUGAACCUAUGUAAAUGAUUGUAACAUUCAUUGUCACUGUGAGAGGAAAGAUUUUAUAUUAAAUCUAGAAACAACAACAAUAAACCAACGUGAACAAAACCACAAAUCUACAUCCAUAAACGUAAACAACAGCACGGGAAGGAGCUGUGUGCGACACAGAGCAAUUUUGUCAGCAUCCAACCUGAAUUCACAGGGGUUAUAAUGAGGUCAUUUGCUGAUGAUUGUGACAAGCCCGACCGAGGCUGCGUUCACAUUCAUUUACGGCCAGCCCUCCUCACUUGAUGACUUUGAAUGCUGUCCUUUGGCAUUUUCAAUCAAGAUCAAGGGCACGGGAGCCGGGAGGGGAUGAUUCCAACUCCUCUUGGCAAUUUCCUCUCCCUUCAUGUCUCUGUCAAGCG